ACAUUAAGUUCGGUCUGCUUAUCGCUGUAUUCCCACAGGGACAGAUUUUGAUGGGAGUGGACCCUCUCGCUUCGUUUCGUCCUCUCUGGCAGUAGCCUACUUGGUCAGCUGACUGCAAAACAUCUGACAAGGGUAGUACCAGUCUCGACAGAUUGACACCCUGGUGAACCAACUAUUAUUCGCAUCCUAUGUACAUCGUCCAAUUAGAUUCGGAGGUGAUUGAAGAGCAGGGAAAGGGAAACAGGGGACCCGAAGGAAAAUAUUACAACACACUCUGGAUUUGCAAGUAACAUUGUGACUGUAUUAAACUGUAUUUUAUGUUUUAUUGGCGGUGUGGAAGGAUUUUUCGGUAAAAGCAGGAUUGCGUAAAACUAAUAGGGUGAGGGGGGAUUGGGGGAAGCGAGCGUCGUCGGGUCAAAAUGUCGAUUCAGUACGAAGUGGAACCGCUGGCAGACAGCUACGGGGUAGCGGACUCGUUUCCCAAAGAUUUUGGCUAUGGAGAAGAGGGGACCGACAUCGAGGAUAGCCCAACUCCAUCUGACAGCAAACCUAGAAUUCUGUUGAUGGGUUUACGAAGAAGUGGCAAGUCGUCAAUACAGAAGGUGGUAUUCCACAAAAUGUCUCCCAACGAGACGUUGUUCCUGGAGAGCACCAACAAGAUCUACAAGGACGACAUCUCCAGUAGCUCGUUUGUCAACUUCCAGAUCUGGGACUUCCCGGGUCAAGUGGACUUCUUCGACCCCACCUUUGACUACGAGAUGAUUUUCAGAGGCACGGGGGCUUUGAUAUUCGUCAUUGACGCACAGGAUGACUAUGUGGAGGCGUUGGGCAGACUCCACCUCACCGUGUCGCGGGCCUACAGGGUCAACCCUGAGAUUAACUUUGAGGUGUUCAUCCACAAAGUGGACGGCCUCUCCGACGACCACAAGAUCGAGACCCAGAGGGACAUCCACCAGAGAGCCAACGACGACCUGGCAGAUGCCAGCUUAGAGAAGCUUCACCUCAGUUUCUAUUUGACAAGUAUCUAUGACCACUCAAUAUUCGAGGCCUUCAGUAAAGUGGUCCAGAAGCUUAUCCCACAGCUGCCAACACUGGAAAACCUUCUAAACAUCUUUAUAUCUAACUCGGGCAUAGAGAAGGCCUUUCUGUUUGACGUGGUCAGUAAGAUCUACAUCGCCACAGACAGUAGUCCGGUGGACAUGCAGUCUUAUGAGCUGUGCUGCGACAUGAUCGACGUGGUUAUAGAUGUCUCCUGCAUCUAUGGUCUGAAGGAGAACGGCAGUGGUAGUGCCUACGACAAGGAGUCCAUGGCCAUCAUCAAGCUGAACAACACCACAGUCCUCUACCUGAAAGAGGUCACCAAGUUCCUGGCGUUGGUCUGCAUCCUCCGGGAGGAGAGCUUUGAGCGCAAAGGCUUGAUAGACUACAACUUCCACUGUUUCCGGAAGGCCAUCCACGAGGUGUUUGAGGUGGGCGUUUCCACACCGUGGACGGGCUCCCAGGCGGCCGGCACGCCCUGCACCAAGGCUGUGACACUCAACGGCAUGCCCCGGAGCACUGUCUAAACACAGACAGACAGGCCGACGGAGAGAUGAUGGGAAAGGACAGAAAGAUCUCAAAUAAAUAGCUGGGGAGGGAUCGUGCGGAGAAGACUAAUGGAUUGGGGUUUUCAGUAAACCAAUCAUAACUCUUGCUCCCAGAUCCUAAAAAUCACAGGAAGAGGACUAGAGCUAAAAAUUUAAAUGAGUCAGGGCUGAACCCGAAGCUCAGAGGGGAAGGAGGACUGCGAGCUGACAAAGCUAGGAUGGAAGGGAAACUAAAUGCAGAGAUACCAGGAACAUUCAUACAUUUCAUGGGAAUGCAAACCAUUGUUGUCUGCUGUUCGGCACGAAAACAGCUAAAUGAAAGUCCAACUGGACUGGUAUACACAAGCAAAAGCGUAUUUGACAUUUGGGAACUUUCAGUGAGAUAGGCCUCCUCACGUGCUGCAAGUCCCAAGAGCCCUGAGGAAGCUUGGUAAUAUCUUUGUCUGUUUUAUCUGCCGGUUCAUCCAUGUGAAGAAGUACUUCAAAAAAAAAAAAUAAAAAAAUGAAACAUUGAUGUAACCCUCGAUAAGGACAAGAAACUGCAAAGGCUGUGUGGGGAUCAGUAUAGUUGUGUAACCCUGUGCAGACUUAUGGGUCGAAGUCUCUAAGAAAUGCUUGGCGUUUAUCCAAGGCCUUACUUAGAUUGAGCUUGCCUGUUGCAAACUUUCUCUCACUACUCACUUGCCUGUGUGCUGCCCAAGACUUUGCUUUUGGUUUCACUCGUUCUGAAGAAAACAGGGUUCCUCAGAGUGCAAAAGGGAUUGUAGUGUCUACAUUAUUCUGCUUCUGUUCUGCACGUGUGUGUGUCUGGAAAAGAGGAUAGUUGGCGUUUAUGGAUUCAAGACUGCUUGAUUUGCCAGUGUCGGCCCUAUGCUCCAAGUUGCUGAAGUGUCAUACUGUAUAAUGAUAUGCCAUGUUGGAAAACUGAGCAAAAAAAAUGUACCUGCUACCAGCGGUUUGAUCAGUGAUGCUUAUAGAUUCUGAAACAACAUUCUCGAUUCUAUCUACAAUUUGUUGCAGUUGGAUAUCGGAUUCAUUAGAAUCUUGCACAGACAAAAUAUUCUAAAUAUAGUCUUCUGGAAAUACCCCAUUGCACUGGCUUAUUCUCUUGGCUAUCAAAUGAUGUAUGGAGUACAAGCACAUUCUAGAUCUAUCUAUCUCCCUUAUGCAUAAAGUAGUCAGUUUAGCCAUAUAUUCUGACACCCAAUCGUAAUACUGCCCCGCAUGGAUGCUAGCCAUAGACCAAAUGCUACUAACAGCCAAUCAACUAUGCCAAUCUUCAACUAAUGUGGGCAACUCCUACAUGUAUGACGUCACACGGACCAGUCUAACCAGGAAAGGUCUCUUAUGGGAUCUGUACAUUCCGGUUGUGUGGCAUAUAGCGACAUAUCAUUUUAAUGAUGGUUAUGAUAAUGAUAAACCGAAUGGUGGCAAUUAAAUGCCGGUCACCACGUCUUCAAACCCUGCCUUACGCGAUUAGUCGAUUUCAUUCACUCAUCUGCCAUCGACGCCGUCCGGCGCAUAUUGGACAGAAGCAACGACUUUGGAAAUCUUCUCCACUGUGCUUUAGCUCCACUGAUGUUGGUCAGCAUUUCGGUGUCUAUAUUAGGUCAGACACAAGGAGUUGGGCCAUUUGCUUCUUGUUUGUCUGAGGAGGUUGGGGUUUAAUGCAUUAGGCCAACAGAUGUGGAGUGUUCUUCGCAGACGAGUUGUGUGGAAGGUGAAUUGUUUGUUCAGGUCCAGUUCAGUCACUUUCCAGCACUCUGUGCCAUAUAGAACAACACUGGUGGAUUUAGAAUUUGGUCUUUGUGCUGUUGUCUUCACUUACACAUUUGUUGGAACUUUGUGAAGGUUUCGCUUUCGCUGAGGGUUCUGUUCAAGGACUCUGUCAGUUUUAUCACAGCAAUCCACACGCAAAACAAGAACCGCAGCAUGAAGCCAGUAUGAAAUCCCAUUCCAAGCAUGUAUGCAAUGAUGUGUCGUCAAGCAGAAUUAUUCUCUACAUAACAUUGCUCAUUGUAUUUCACUGUGGGUAAGGGAGACCAGGUCUAACAAUGAAAAAUUAAUCCUGGGAAAAAAAUGACCAAACUGUAUUAUUCUGCCCUGGAUGGAAGAAAGGUGUUGUUUUUUUGGCUGUUUGUUUUGUUCAUUAGAUUUUUGCAAAUAGUAGACAUUUGGGACUAUAGUAAAUCCACUGUUGUCAGUUCUGACAAAGUUUUUAUCAUUCACAUGAAAUAAACACUUGCACAUCAAAAGCAAA